AUGCAAGCCACCAUUAAUUCCAAUGACAGUUCGGCACCGCCGGUAACUAGCGACUUCCGCUUAUCGCAGCGAGGCGCGACCAACUUUGCCCAUCGAGAUGUUUGGGGGCCCCGAGAAAAGACCAUGGGAAACCCGUGGUCACCAAAUAAUCCGAAUGGAAUUACAGGUCCGCGUGGUUCUCGUCGUCUUCGACAUGCUGCAGCUGAGCUGUUGAACCAUCAGUUUGGUUCACGCUCCACAAUCACUUAUGAUAACAUAAUAGUUACCCCAGGAUGUGCGAGUGCUAUUGAUGCACUCGCAUUUUCCAUCUGUGAUGAGGGUGAGGGGGUCCUGAUUCCUCAGCCUUUGUACAAUGGUUUCAAUUUCGAUCUUUUGAACAGGAGUAAUGUCCAUGUCGUCGGUGUCAAGUAUGAGGGUGUUGAAGGGUACACCGGAAUUAAUGACCUUUUUCAGCCAGAGGUCAAUAAGGUUGCCUUGAAGGCUGCUCUUUCUGGGCGAGGCAGGAUGGUAUUACGAUCCGCGCACUUCUUGUUUCCAAUCCUCAUAAUCCCCUUGGGAGAUGCUAUCCCCCCCGAAACUUUAAAAGAAUUUGCUGCUUUCUGUGGUGACAACAAUUUGCACUUCAUUUCCGACGAGAUAUAUGCCUUCUCUGUGUUCUCGAACCCUGCAAUUCCAGCGGCAACUUCGUUUACUUCUGUCCUCAGUUUGGACUUGGACAAUAUCAUCGACCCAACUCGCAUGCAUGUCCUAUAUGGUGCGAGCAAAGACUUCUGUGCCAAUGGAUUGCGGAUGGGAUUCGUCUGCUCAAAAAACGAGGGUAUUAUAGGGUCGAUGUCUAGUAUUGGGAUAUUUUCCUGGUCACCGCAUGUCCUACAGGAUGCUUGGGCUGCUAUGUUGGAAGACCAGUUGUGGUUGGACAGAUUCAUGACGCAAAAAAAGGCUCGCAUGCUAAAUAGAUACCAGACAAUCAGUGGCUUUCUAUCUCAGCACGGUAUUCCAUAUUUUGAUAUGAAUGCAGGACUAUUCCUCUGGGUCGACCUUCGGCACUUGCUUGGGUCUAAAUCGUCUGUUCGGCAUUCGGACUAUGGUCCUUUGAAAGCCACGUCCCCAGAUGCCCAUUCUAACCUCAAACUCGAGCAGGAUAUAGCAGAUAUUUGCAUGAAAAACGGGGUCAUGAUCGCCCCCGGCCACGUAUAUAUGGCGGAGGAAUAUGAGCCUUUGGCGCUACAGUCCAUUGGGAUCGAUUUCGCAAAGUCAACGCCCGACGGGCAAGCUCAGCCAGGCGAAUUUUCACCCAGAUUCUACUUCAUGGAGCCCCGUUCUUUCUCAUCAUACGGAUCUCUCGGGUAUCUCACCAUUGAAAAAGCCAUUGCAGUCGCCGCCGACGAUAAAAUCGGCACACAUGUCCAGAAUGAAGUCCCCGGCAUUGAAACGUUGCAUAAGCUCCAUGCUCUUCUUUCGUGGUCGCGAUUCUUCGAAGCCGUUGCCCUUAUACUUAUGAUCGUUGCGCUGGCAACCUUUCUUCUUUCACCAUAUCUUACUCGCCUCUUAUAUCGUGGGAAGUUCUGGGGCUCCCAAGCCUGGCUUUUUGGAUUUGAAGGAUACGCAGAUUUGGAGACAAUCGAGUCUCAAAUAUUCGGUGCCCGAAUGCGUCGACUCCGCUGGAGCCCAUAUGGUUCCUCCCUAUCCCGACACGACAAGAAUGAUUCGCAUGAGUGUGUAGGACAAGACCCAAUUAAGGACCCGAUAAUUCGGACAAAAAUUGAGCAAGCGGCGAGGAACGAAGCCUCUAAUGGGAUGAGAAUCUUCACACUGGUAGAUACUAAUACGAUGACCGUUACUCUAUUCGAAGCAGCCCGACCGCCGAGUGUGCUUCUUUUGUGUGCAGUGGAGGUGGUCCUUCGUCUGGAAACGCCUGUGCUGGAGAAGAUGUCUCGAGUCUCUCGGGUCAAAUUGGGGGCUUUUAGGAAACAGGAAAGCUUCCGCUGA